GCGCCGGGCAGGCAGAGCGAGGCUCGCCGCUCGGGCAGCGCACAGGUGCCAAGGGAGGAGGCAGGAGCCGCAGGACGCCCGAGAUGCCCGCCUUUCCCGCCGCCCUGUUCGCCCUCCUGCUCCACGCUUACCUCUGCAGGCCGGCCCCGCUGAACGGAUCAAAGUGGUCCUACAUCGGUCCUGACGGAGAAAAAGUGUGGCCAAAGAAGUACCCCUUUUGUGGAGGAGUCUUCCAGUCUCCCAUUGACUUCCACAAUGACAUCCUCCACUACGACUCCACCCUUCUGCCAGUAGAACUGGAAGGCUACAAUGUCUCUUCUGAUGUCAAGUUCCUCUUGACCAAUAAUGGGCAUUCAGUAAAAAUGAAUCUCUCUUCGGCCAUGCGCAUCCGGAAUUUCUCCUUCCAGUACUCGGCAGCGCAACUCCACUUACACUGGGGAAAUCGGAACAAGCAGGAAGGAUCUGAGCACACGAUCAGUGGGAGGCAUUUUGCUGCUGAACUGCAUAUUGUCCAUUACAACUCUGACCGGUAUCUGGCUCUGAAAUCGGCAGUCGACAAGCCCAGCGGGUUGGCAGUCUUGGCAAUCCUGAUUGAGGAGGGAGAUUUCAACCCAUCCUUUGAAAAGAUCUUCAGCCAUUUCCAACAUGUGAAAUACAAAGAUCAGGAAACCAUAGUUCCAGGUUUCAACGUCCGAGAUUUGCUCCCUGAGAGACUGGACGACUAUUACCGCUACGAAGGGUCUUUGACCACACCGCCAUGCUACCCAAGUGUCCUCUGGACGGUUUUCCGAAAACCCGUAGAAGUUUCAGUGGAACAGCUGCUGGCGCUCGAAACCACCCUCUACUGCACAGAGUCAAACGACCCAGCCCCUCUUGAAAUGGUGGACAACUUCCGGAGAGUUCAGGAAUUUGACGAGAGGAUGGUUUCCAUCUCCUUCCUACAAGAUCCAGCUCCAGGUGAAGGUGGCCCAGGUUUUGUCCUCUUUGUGGUGUUAGCCGGUGUCCUUGGCAUCGUCUUUGUCACCAUGGUAGUCUUCUGGCUGAUUCGAAGGAAGAGCCUCCAAAGGGCCAAGGAAGAGAAAGGGGUAAUCUACAAGCCGGCGGUCACCAAGGAGGAAGAGGAGGAGGAGAACAUCUCCAAAGCUUAAACCUCUGCAGCGCUCAAGCUUUACAUAUCCUGAACAGCUGGAUGAGCCAAAUGGUGCUCUCUCUCUCUCUGUUUAUUGGCCAAGUUGGGUUUUUGGAUCCCUUGGGUGCAAAGAGAAGAGGGCUCUUCUCCCUUGUGUACAGGAUUUUAAUGGGUGGAGACAAAGCUCUCAAAUCAAAUAAAUUCUAGGAGAGGUUCUAGGCUUUGCUUACGAUUAUAGCAUCUAAAUGUGACAUUUAUGAAUAAUCAUAAUAAUCUGCCUCAGAAAAGCUACUGUUUAUCUACUGAAUAGAUGAAUUUCCUUCCUGCUCCCAUAAAAUAAUUACUGCUGAUAUUAGGAAUAGAUCACUAGGAUACUUAAGUGUUCAUGUUAACGUCUUAAAAGCAGGGGUUUCCAAACUUGGCAGCUUUAAGACUUGUGGGCUUCAACAUUCCCCAGCAUGGCUUAAAAGUCUUAAAAGUGGCCAAGUUUGAAAAGCCAUAAUUCAGUUCUCUUUGAAGCCCUACUGAUUUUAGCAGGAAUUACUUGUCUUUUUAAUCUCUUCUAUUUAAGUCUAAAAUAAGCUAUAUUAAACAUGACUUCUAAGAAAUGAAUGGGACUUAUUAUCCCAUAAUAUAGAAUUGUGGCUCUGUGCUGUACUUGGGUCCCUGGAACUGAAGACCAAGCAACUCAGGUUUUAAGAAUUGUGCCAGGCUGAAGGCAGCUACUCCAAGUAGAGAACGAGCAAAAGGAAGGUCAAAUGAAAUACUCUUAAUACUAUCUACUCUGAAAGUAGGGGGAACUAAUAUUAUUGGAGGGCUCCAUACAUUGUUUCCUUCCUACAGUGACUUAUAAGGAACUUGCAGGUUUGAAGAGUCUAUGCAUGAUGAAAGUGCCCUACAGAUAAUGUGCAAUUUUAUGUAUCAU